GAUGUUUUGUCGGUGUGUUUAAAGCCUAACGUUAUAGUGUGAAUCCCAGCGUACUAAGUGGAGAACUGAAUUCCAUCUACUGAAGCUGUCAUCAAACCAUAGCUGCGAAAUGUUCAGUUGUAAUUGAAAACGUUGCUUUUCUCUAGUACAUCAUUCGUGUACAACCCAUUGCCACGUUGGGGUUCGCACGUUGUUAGUAGUUGUUCACCAAAAUGGCCGCUGUUAAACAGGAUGUGGAGGACAGAGGCAACUGGACGGGGAAGCUGGACUUUAUCCUGUCGGCCAUUGGAUACUCUGUUGGGCUCGGGAAUGUCUGGAGGUUUCCUUAUCUGGCCUACAGGAAUGGGGGAGCCUCCUUCCUGUUCCCAUACAUCAUCAUGCUGGCCAUCGCUGGAAUCCCGCUUUUCUUCAUCGAGGUGGCCGUCGGUCAGUUCUCUUCUCAAGGUCCACUCACAGCCUGGAACAUGGCACCUGUGUUUGCAGGUAUCGGCUACGCUAUGGUCAUCAUCAGCGCGCUGGUCAGCAUCUACUACAACAUGAUCAUCACCUACGCCCUCUACUACAUGAUGGUGGCCUUCGUUAACCUGGACGACCACCUGCCCUGGGAGAGGUGCGGGCAGUGGUGGAACACUGACCACUGCAGACGUGACCCCAUGCCCAACCUAGACAGCCCGGAGUACAACGACACCCAGAGGAUGGAGCUCCUGUGGGGCGACUUGUACGACAAAACCUGUGUCCGACAACUCCUGAACGCGUCAGCCUACGACGACUUCAACAGUACUUCACACAGCAGCCAGAACUUCCAGAACUUUCUGCGUGGCUUCAGGGAUCUCUUCAACAACACGUCACCCGGCCUUGACACGUUGACUCACCCAGAGGUCACGGGGUAUACAGGGUUCAAGGCGUGUGCUUUCGUUUACACCUCAUCCUCACAGGAAUACUACGACCGUUAUAUCCUGAGAAAUCAUUUAUCUGACGACAUUGGAGACCUGGGUGGGAUCAGCCUGAAGCUCAUCAUGACCUUGCUACUGGCUUGGAUUAUCGUCUUCGCGUGUCUUAAGCAGGGGAUUAAGACCUCAGGCAAGGUUGUCUACUUCACCGCCACAUUUCCUUACGUCAUUCUCAUUGUGCUGUUGGUCAGGGGCGUUACUUUGGAGGGACACAUUGAAGGAAUCAAAUUUUACGUCAUUCCGGAAUGGAGCAGACUUUUAGACCCAAAGAUUUGGGGGGGAGCUGCCACACAAAUCUUCUACUCCAUGGGCAUCGGUUUCGGCGGGCUCCUCACCAUGGCCUCCUACAACAAGUUCAGCAACAACUGCUACAGGGACGCCAUCUUGGUCGGCUGCUUGGACUGCGCCACCGCCAUUUUUUCCGGCUUCGCCAUUUUUUCCAUGCUGGGUCACAUGGCUCACACGUCCAAUAAAAAAGUCGAGGAUGUCGCCACGUCUGGUCCUGGUCUGGCCUUCGUUGCCUACCCAGAAGGCAUCUCUCAGCUUCCGGCAUCGCCAGUGUGGGCGUUCCUUUUCUUCUUCAUGCUCCUGACGCUUGGACUAGACAGUCAGUUUGGGAUGUACGAGACUGUGAUCUCUGGAAUUUCCGAUGUCUUCCCCAAGUACCUGCGCAAACACAAGACAACAUUCACCCUUGUCAUGUGUCUGAUUGGCUUUCUGUUGGGGAUUCCCCAGUGUACUCACGGUGGGAUACUAGUCCUCACAUUGCUGAAUGACUACAGUGGCAGCUAUAAUCUGAUGUUUGUGGCUCUGAGUGAGAUUGUCUGUCUCUGCUAUGUCUAUGGGAUCAAAAACUUCUGCUCCGACAUUGAAAUGAUGGUGGGAUCUAAGCCGUCGUGGUAUUGGGUGGUCAUGUGGGUGGUGGUGACGCCUGUGGUCAUCCUGUUUCUCAUCAUCAUCAACGCCGUACAGUACACGCCCUCCGGCUAUGAUGGCAAACAGUUCCCUGAUUGGGCAGAGGGUCUAGGCUGGGUCAUGGUGACCUUCCCAUUGGCUGUUGGCCUGGUUGUGGCCGUGGUACAGGUCUACAGGCUUGGCUGGCAGGACAGUAUCCGGCCCACGUCCGACUGGGGUCCAGCCCUAGAGGUCAACAGGACCGGACGUUACGCGACUGACGUCACGGGGUCGCUCCAUGUCAGCAACGGUGACCUGUCCUUUGACCUCCUGGAGAAGAAGCUCGACGCUGAGGGGAUAACGGCUUUCGACAACCUUGGCCUUGAACUUGACGAAAUCAACCACCGGUUUUAACAUCGGAGAAGCGACGACACGUUGUGUUCAUUAUUUUAACUUCAUAAUUAAUUAUUGAAUUAAGUUUUCUACAUUCCAUUGUAAAUGUGUGGCUUUAUGUAAAAGAUCUAAAUGCUUUUAUU